AUGAGUGGUGGUGUUUACGGCGGUGAUGAAGUUGGAGCCCUGGUGUUUGACAUUGGUUCAUAUUCUGUGCGAGCUGGCUAUGCAGGAGAAGACUGUCCCAAGGCAGAUUUUCCCACUGUGAUUGGAGUGACACUCGACAGAGAAGAUGGUAGCACACCUAUGGAGACAGAUGGUGACAAGGGGAAACAGAGUGGAACCACUUAUUACAUUGACACAAACCAACUGCGGGUACCUAGGGAGAAUAUGGAGGUCAUGUCUCCGUUAAAGAAUGGAAUGAUUGAAGAUUGGGACAGCUUUCAAGCUAUUCUGGAUCAUACCUACAAAAUGCAUUUCAAGUCUGAACCAAGCAUGCACCCAGUGCUCAUGUCAGAGGCUUCAUGGAACACACGAGCCAAGCGAGAAAAACUCACAGAGCUGAUGUUUGAACAUUACAACAUUCCUGCUUUCUUUCUCUGCAAAUCUGCUGUUCUGUCUGCUUUUGCAAACGGAAGAUCAACAGGCCUGGUUUUAGACAGUGGAGCCACACACACCACAGCAAUACCAGUGCAUGAUGGAUAUGUUUUACAACAAGGAAUUGUAAAAUCACCGCUCGCUGGAGACUUCAUGAGUAUGCAGUGUCGAGAGCUGUUUCAGGAACUAAAUGUUGAAAUCAUUCCUCCUUACAUGAUUUCGUCGAAGGAAGCUGUGCGGGAAGGUUCUCCAGCCAACUGGAAGAAAAAAGAGAAGCUACCUCAAGUCAGUCGCUCAUGGCAUAACUAUAUGUGCAAUUGCGUCAUCCAAGACUUCCAGGCAUCUGUGUUGCAAGUUUCUGAUUCUCCAUAUGAUGAGCAGGUUGCUGCCCAGAUGCCAACUGUGCACUAUGAGCUCCCUAAUGGCUACAACUGUGACUUUGGAGCAGAGAGGUUAAAGAUUCCUGAAGGACUAUUUGAUCCUUCAAAUGCAAAGGGCUUGUCUGGAAAUACAAUGUUAGGUGUUGGUCAUGUCGUAACAACCAGUGUAGGAAUGUGUGACAUCGACAUUCGGCCGGGUUUGUAUGGCAGUGUUGUUGUGACAGGAGGCAACACACUAAUCCAAGGCUUCACAGACAGACUAAACAGAGAACUCUCCCAGAAAACACCCCCUAGCAUGAGACUUAAGCUGAUAGCCAAUAACACCACGGUGGAACGCCGCUUCAGUGCCUGGAUUGGAGGCUCCAUUUUGGCAUCACUUGGGACCUUUCAGCAAAUGUGGAUCUCCAAGCAAGAGUAUGAGGAAGGAGGAAAACAAUGUGUGGACAGAAAAUGUCCUUGA